AAUAGUAAAUAAAAAUAUUUCUCCUUAAUUGCCACUCAUCAUCAUUCAAUCAGUCCCUUUUUUUCUUCUUCUCCGGUUCGUCUUCUUCUUUCUCUUCUCAGUUUUGGGGUACGGUCAAAGAUUUCCAGAACUGGUGGCUUUGAAUGAGGGUUUGAAGAAACAGAAGAAGAAGAAAUGAAGAGGCUAGUAGUUUUGCUUUUGCUCCUGGUAUGGAGCAAUGCUGCAGAGUUCAAUGGAGUGUGCAAGUCAAAUUGGCCGUUGACUCCAAGGCCUCACAGUGUUUCCGUUUCGGAAUUUGGUGCGGUGGGUGAUGGCAAAACUGUAAAUACCGUAGCUUUCCAAAACGCGAUUUUCUAUCUCAAGUCGUUCGUUGACAAGGGCGGUGCUCAGCUCUAUGUGCCGGCUGGCAAAUGGCUCACCGGAUGCAUCACUCUUACCAGCCAUCUCACUCUUUUCUUGGAAAAAGAUGCCAUCAUUCUUGGUUCAGAGGAUUACAGUCGAUGGGAUUUAGUUGAUCCCUUACCUUCUUACGGGCGAGGCGUCGAGAUACCUGGUAAAAGAUAUCGUAGCUUAAUCAGUGGACAAAAUUUAACUGAUUUCACAUGCAAUUUUGUUUUUGUUUGCUGUACAGGAAAUAAUGGAACUAUUGAUGGACAGGGUUCUGUUUGGUGGGAGAAACUGAGUGCUCAUUCACUAAAUUACAGUAGACCACAUCUGGUCGAACUGGUUUGGUCGGUUAACAUUGUUAUAUCAAAUUUAACAUUCUUAAACGCACCUGCUUCCAAUAUACACCCAGUUUAUUGCAGUAAAUUGCUAGUACAGAAUAUAACAAUUUAUUCCCCGCCCGAGUCUCCAUACACCAGCGGCAUUGUACCAGAUUCUUCUGAGCAUGUUUGUAUCGAAAACAGCAAUAUUAGCAUGGGAUACGAUGCCGUGGUACUAAAAAGUGGUUGGGACGAAUACGGUAUUUCUUACAACAAAUCAACCUCCCAUGUUCACAUUCGAAAAGUUCACUUGCAAUCUUCUUCAGGUUCGGCAAUAGCCUUCGGUAGCGAAAUGUCAGGUGGAAUCUCCACAAUUUUAGCCGAAAAUAUCUACAUUCACGAUUCCUUAACAGGGAUUGAGCUAAAGACAGCAAAAGGACGAGGCGGUUACCUUAGAAACAUCCUAGUAUCUCAAGUCUACAUGGAAAACGUACAACAAGGAAUCAAUGUAACCGGCCAAUCCACUUCUCACCCAGACGACAAAUUCGACCCCCAAGCACUUCCGAUUGUCAGUGACAUUUCGUUUCACGAUAUUAUCGGUUUAAAUAUCACAACUGCUGGAAUAUUCUCUGGGAUCGAGGAAUCUCCGUUCACCUCGUUUUGUCUCUCGAAUGUUUCCUUCUCCGUCACUUCAGACCCGUCAAAUUCUUGGGUAUGCAGUGAUGUUGUGGGCUCGUCUGUGAAUGUGUCACCCGAGCCUUGUCCUGAACUGCAAAGUUCGUCUUCUAGUGAUUCCUCUGAUUGUUCCGUAUUAUCAUUACAUGCGAAUAACCGAGUUGCUGUUUUGUGAUGAUUAUAUAUACUCAACUGUCUUAAAAAGCUCUCGACUAUUCAUUCAUUGGUCCGUACGGUGAGAUUCUGGUGUGUAUAAAGCUUCCGAUAAUAUACGCAAGAUGAGGUGAGAAAAAAAUGGGAACUCUGGGGGGCAAAUUCGUCCGAAAAGGGGUGUUGUUGGUCGUAUUUCGAUUAUGUGUACAGUGUCUUCGUUUGUGUGUAAGAAAAGUUUUGGUAGUGCAGGACUCUCAGAUGGUUGUUGUCUUUUCCAUUCAUCUUCUUGUUAUAUUUUUUACUGUAAUUUUUAUUCACAUUGUACAUUCUUGAAACUGGGAGAUUUGCGAGGUUGAUUGAUUUAUAGGAGGUGGUUAAAGGGUGUCAUUAUUAUAUAGUUGGAAUGUGCAAUAAAAAGUUACAUUUUUUCAUAUUUUA